CCGGACCAUGGGCAGGCGGCGAGCGGGGCCGAGCGUGGCCCGGGAGAUUACACCUGUGCCAUGUGCUUGAGGAUGACUCUUCUUGAGCAGGGAGGUUGGAGCAGAUGACCCACUGUGGUCCCUUCAGAUCUUACCCAUUCUGUGAUACUGGGAUCUCCUGGGUGGCAGGAGGGCUGCUGAUUGAUGGAUUAGAGGAGAAGCUGGCACGCUGCAGACAGAGCAUGGAAGAGGUGGACCUUAAGCUGCGCAGAGAGAAGCUCAGCCCCGAAGGAAGAAAGUCACUGGAGAGAGAGCGAAACUUACUAAUGACCAAAGCUGACAACUAUGAGAAAGAACUGAGUGUGCUUCGUAAGGAAAAUCGCAAGAAUGCUGCCCUUGCUGUGGCCAUGGCAUUGCUGAUUGCUCUUAUUUAUGCCUGCUGGACAAUGUGAUUGCACUCAAGAAUUCUCCCUGCUGAACAAAUUACUCCUGCAAGGAGCUCUUCUUCCUCCUCUCACCAUUAUGCCUCCCUCAAGGGUGAGGAUCAGCAUUUCAAAUUACUGUUCUUGUUUAUUGUCUCCAAGCCUUGUUGUAGAGAAGAUUUUUCUCUGCAAAUUGAGGAGGACAGGAGACAAACCAGAAAUCACAGCACACUUGUGCAUGGAAAUCAGGUCAAGCAGAGCUCAAGGUGGUGCCAUCUUAGCCAAAACACAGUCAGGACCAUCCAGCCAGAUCCAGGAAGGCAAUACAUUCUCCCUUUUGAAGAGGACUUUUGUGAUUGCAGACAGGUGCUUUCUGCCCAGCCCAGUUGGAAUACACACCUUGGCUCCUGUGACACAGCCAUAAAUUGAAGGGACCAAGCUCUUGAUGCAAAGGGUAAUCUGUAGGUAUUGCAAUUCUGUAUAUUCCCAGAGCUGAGUUAAAGGUGCUUCCUCCUCCACCCUGACUUGCAGGAACAAAGGAAUCCUACAUCCACAAAAGCAGAUGGGAUGUAGUUAUCUCUGCAAGCAGGGAGCAUCCACAUUGAGAUAUGGGUGCUUGGACUGUGAGAUGAUCUGCCUACCUCUCCAGUGCAUCAGAGCUUGGUAGCCAUUUUGUGCCUUUGUGAAUCAGCAUUUGCAGAAGAGAAUUUACUAUCAACUCCCAGAGAUGAAAGUGCUUCUGUAGAGCUCUAAAUAAAAUAAUUUGACCUUUUAA